CUUGAGCAUGUUGACUAGACUCUACUGUACAGUGGAUGCAAAUGCGAUUGAAAAGGAGAUGGGAUUUUAAUACUUUAACUUUAGUUGUUUUAGUGGUUGCUCUGUGUCUUCCUUGAGCUUUACCUUAAUUUAUUUGAUAUAAUAUCCGCUUUUUCAGAACGCUACGUCGGAGAUAUAAAGAUAUGAAUCCAUUGGCUCCUUCUUCUCAGUGGCCCCCUUAUGAACUGCAUCCAUCCACUCUGAACUACAUUCUUAGCGAGAGCGAGCUGACUGAAGAUGAAGUUGACAUUUUUUCGGACGAAGAGGAGGACUUGGGGGCUUGCAAAGUCUUAUCAGACUAUGACGGAUGCUUCCGAGGUCGUCUGGAUAAGAUGUACGCCAGGACAAAGAGAGCCCACCACACUGUACGUGUUAGCGGUAGAACCAAGUGUCACCUUUCUCCCGGUGCCCCCGCCGUUAGAUCAUCAUCACCCUCAGCAGGAGACAUCGCGUUCACUCAGAAGUGUGGAGAUUUACACAUCUUCAUCCAUCCUCUGAUGGAGCUUCUUCACGGACUUAAAACUGGCAGGUUUGAUAAAGGUUUAACCAGUUUCCAGCAGAGUGUUGCCAUGGACAGAUUGCAGAAAAUUCUGGGAAUUCUGCAGAGACCUCAAAUGGGGGAGAGAUACCUUCACAACUUGUUGCAGAUAGAAGGGAUGCUAAAACUAUGGUUCCCUCAGGUGGUCCAUAGACCCACGACUGCAUUAGCGCAAAGCUUCACUCCGAAAUUCAUAACUCACUGGCGCCAAAACCAGCUUUGCAUGCCAGUUAAGAAACGAAAGUUCACCUGGUCAGAUUCAGACUGCCCUGGAAUUGACCUACCUAAGAAAAAGAUUCGCCAACAUGAAAGCUGCCAAUCUUUGACGCCGGCCGACUUUUCUCUGAACACAACAAGGAAGCAGGAAGCUCCGGACGAUGCAAGAACUACAUUAACUGGGGACAGCCGGACCAAAAGACUUGAGUUUACAAACAACACGCUAAGUUGGGCGUCACGUGUACAUGUCAAAGAAGAAACACAGGAAUGUGUAAUACAUUCCCCCUCACCUACCGACCCUUCAGUAACACAGGACGAGUCAAUAUCUUCAAGUGCUGAUGUUUAUCCUGCUGAUUGGUACAGUAAGGACACUGCAUUAUGCUCAUCUGAGUGAAGGUUCAAGGCUUCAAUUCCAUGCACAUGAAUGGAGUCAGCCUUUACCAUGUCAGCAAAAAGGGUAAGGAGUCAAUGUCUCUCAAAGUACUUAUCUCGACAUAAGUACCCCUACUUGAGGAUUAUAGGACUCCAGGGUAACACUCGGUACUAGAGUUGUCCGAUAAUUACUUUUUAACCGAUAAACUAUAUUGUCCAACUCUUAAAAAUCCGUACGUGGUUGUGGACUUAACAUAUUAUGGCUAAUCGUAUUGUGAUGCCCCACUGGAUGCUUAAAUAAUGAUAAAUGUAACAACUUCAAGGUUUCCCAAAUAGAGUUGGACAUCUGUGUCAAUAAGCAUCAAAUGGCAUAACUGCUGUGACCAGCCCUUGUACAAAGGCAAAAGGCUUCUACAUUCACUUUGAAGGCAACAUAUAUAUCGACUCAAAACCAAUGAUGAAAAGCUGAUGUCGAUAUUAUCCGAUAUCAUUUUAAGAUGCUUUUAGCGGCAACCCGAUAACAUCACAGAACUCUACUUGGUACAUUUUACAGUGCCAAACUGGAAUGUAUUCUAGUUCUUACCCUUCAAAAUUAGCGCUUUGCUAAUUAAAGGUGGGUUUUAAUUUUUCAGGCUUCUAGGGUAGCCACGUACAUUUUUCAGAAAUAGACUUGUUAAAUAAUUGGAUAUGCGGUUAAUUUUGUCACGCCCUGAAAUGUCUGCCUUUUUGGUAUGUUGCUAAAAGGUGUCUAGAAACAUGUUGGCAUAAUCUCCACGUCCAUAUCUUUACUCUAGAUUAUUGAAUCAAACAUUGAAGUAAUUACAUACGAAUGACUAUUGCACUUUAUAUUUCCUCUAAUAUUUAUUUCAAGCAAUGCAGCCCACAAGCAUUUAAUGUGAAGGCUAUCAUUUAAAAGUUAUAAAAUGGACAGCAGCGUUGCUAUUGUCUGUGGGGGCUCCAAGCAAAAAAAUUGGCAGACAACAUAUAUAGAUAUAACGCAUUUGAAUAGAUAUUCAUUGAAUGGUAAAUAAAUAACGUCAAAUAAAACAAACUUACACACUUUAAGUUUCACUUUUCAUGAAAUCCAAUGACAGUGUCUAGUGGUAGUUGCUACGGCAGAUGGGGUGGAGCCCCACAAGGGGGACUAGCUACUGUGGAGUUGUUUUAAAUGGCCAAUUCCUGGCGUUUCUGAGGAGUAGAUUUUGCCUGGUCUCGGGUGCCCCUUUAUUGGCCGGGGGCCCCAAGCAACUGCCUUGCUUGCCUAGCCGCUUGCCCAGCCUCUGCAAAUAUUUUACGUCACUGCUAAAAGGGUAUCCUGUAAUAAAAAAAAAUGCACUCCUUAAAUGUAAGUAUGUGAAGGUAACAGUGGAAAAAAAACUUGGAAUGCCUUAACAAUGUUUCAGAAGAAAAUGAACAGUUAUACUUGAUUUCCAAGUAGAUGAAUAGGAUGCUAUUGCACCUUAUGAAAUGGCUGUACAAUUAUUGAUGAAAUCUUGGCAUAAGAGAAACAGUACUUACUGUACCAACUGUGAUUCAAACUUUACUAUUAGUAGUUUUGUGAAUUUGUGUUGUACAUUAACACAAUUGUCUUUUUUGAAUUUUAGCACUUUAGCAUCAAAGAUGAUACAAUUUAUUAUUUUAGGAUUUUAGAUGGAAUCAAACUAUGUAACAUUCUUUUUUCCAUUUCGUUUUUUUAUCUGACGAUUUGUGUAAAACCAACCUAAGCAAUGCUUUUAUGAUUUUUUUUUUAUUGCUGCUGUUUUGCAAUUAGACAUUUUUUUAAAUUGUUAUAUCUAACAGUAUUCUGAAGACAUUGUAAACCAAUUCCUUGCUUUGAUUACAUUUGUACUGGCAUGUUUCAAAUUAAAAUCAUCCAUUUUGAA